AUGGCUUCUCCAAGAACAUCUUUGGUCAUUGCAGCCAUCUUUUUCACCCUCAUUUUUCAUUUUCUUCCUCAAACAACCGCGGCUAGAGUGUCAACCCCAAGCUCUCCUCCUUCCAAAUUAAUUGAAGAAGUAUGCAAGAAAAGUAACGACUCCAACUUGUGUGCCCAAGUUCUGCAAUCUUAUCCUGAAGCAUCAUCAGCAACUGACAUAAAAUCCUUAGCUAUGGCUGUCCUGGAAAUAGCCAAGAAGCAAUCAAAAAUCGUGGGCAACCUGUUUACUGAAUUAAAGAACAACGGAGCUACCGACCCAUCCAUCAAGCCAUCAUUAGAUCUAUGUGCUUCCCAGUACAAUGAUGCAGCUAUUUUUUUCUCCCCUGUUGGGUUAGGAAAUGUUGCAAAAAGUUUGGAAGUUCAUUCUGCUUUAGAUGAUUCGGAAGGUUGCCAAACUGAACUAGCUACGAAGGAUGUCCACGUUGAAUUUGCACCUGAAAUUCAAAAGUGGAAGGAACUUUAUGAAGUUUCUAGUUCUGUAAUAUUAUAUGCUGAAGAUGUGUUUGGAGGCAAAGCUGCAGAUCCAGAAGAAGAAUUUUGA